CAUCACUACUUUACAAUAACAAAGCACUUUAAAUUCACCCUUGGUCCGAAUGUUUUACGUGGGUGUGUACAUUUGACCGCAACACUUAUCAGAUCGUUGUGGCCCCGCCCCUUUAGUCUUCUUUUACACGGACAACUCAACUGCAGACGGACUUUUGUCGAUGCAAAAAUGUCCUUUUUGUACUCUGUUUUCAUCCUGGCACUUCACGUGUUGGGCAUCCUGUUGGUGUUGCUGUUGGUAGCCUUCCUGGGCUACUGCGUUUACAUUAAAUAUGUGCACAUGAAGUAUGAUCACAUACCUGGACCACCGCGGGAAAGUUUUCUGUUUGGACAUUCCCCUACUUUGUUGAGGACGAUGGCAAAGGGAGGAAACGUGCAUGACCUCUUUCUGGAAUGGGCAGAAUGUUAUGGCUCCGUGUACAGGAUGAAUAUCUUACACUAUGUACUUGUGUGCACCACCAGCCCAGAGGCCAUCAAGGAAGUCCUGAUGUCCUCAAAGUAUCCCAAAGACCUCUUCCUCCACACACGACUCUUCAGCAUGUUUGGUCAAAGGUUCUUAGGUAAUGGGCUGGCAACGACCAGGGACCAUGAACAGUGGUAUAAACAACGACGCAUCAUGGACCCCGCCUUCAGCAGCCUGUAUCUACGCAGUCUCAUGGGGACGUUCAACGAACGAGCGGAGGUGCUGACCACUAAACUGUCGGAGGUCGCCGACAGAAAAGCGGAGGCCAACAUGCUGCAACUCGUCAACCGCGUCACUUUAGACGUCAUCAUCAAGGUUGCCUUUGGUGUGGAUUUGGAGCUGCUGGAGAACACUUCACUCUUCCCCAAGGCCAUCGAGACGUGUCUGACAGGGAUGGUGCACAACUUGCGCAGCCCCUUCUUUCAGCUCUACCCCAAGAACUGGGCCUUUGUCAAGGAGGUGAGGGAAGCUUGCAAGCUGCUGCGCUCCACCGGCGCCCAGUGGAUCCACAACAGGAAGGUGGCCAUUGAGAGUGGCGGCGACGUGCCCAAAGACAUCCUCACACAAAUCAUCAAGACAGCUGGCAAAGAGGAAAGCAUGACCAAAGAAGACGAAGAGUUCAUGCUGGACAAUUUUGUCACCUUCUUCAUUGCGGGACAGGAAACCACGGCUAACCAGCUGGCUUUCUGCAUCAUGGAGCUAGCUAGACAUCCUGACAUGCUGGACAAAGCCAAGAAGGAGGUGGACGACGUCAUUGGGAUGAAACGUGACAUCAGCUACGACGAUCUUGGCAAGCUCGUUUACCUUUCACAGGUUCUAAAAGAGACUUUAAGGUUGUACCCGACAGCUCCAGGAACAUCCCGUGAUCUCCUUAACGACAUAAUCAUCGACGGCAUCCACGUACCAGCAGGCGCCACUGCCAUCUUCAGCUCCUACGUGUCCAGCAGAAUGGCCAAGUUCUUCAAGGAUCCGUUGGAAUUUAACCCCGACCGCUUUCACCCCGAUGCUCCCAAGCCGUAUUACUGCUACUACCCCUUCUCCCUGGGCCCACGCUCCUGCCUCGGACAGAACUUUGCUCAGAUGGAGGCCAAAGUGGUGAUGGCCAAGAUUCUGCAGAGGUUUGACUUCACCCUGACGCCCGACCAGAGCUUUGACAUCCUGGAUGUGGGCACCCUGAGGCCCAAGAGCGGGGUGGUGUGCUCCAUCAGACACAGGAAGGACGGUGCAUGAAUACCUGCCUCUUUCUGUGCAAAGAAAGGAAACAUUCAUGAGUUCACGCUAUUGGUGAGCGUGGUGCAAUUAAUCGCAAUGUUAAUUCUAAGUUAACUUAACUUAACGCAUAAACAGCAGAAGCAUGUAUGGAAACUUUAUUAACAUCAAAGAAUAUUUGAGUCAAUUCAAGGAACCUUUCAAAGUAAUAGCAAUCUCAGAAACUUGGAUAAUGCCAACAAAGGAAUGGACUUCAAGCUGGAAGGAGGAUCAGUCAUAAUGCCAAGUAAGAACAUACAAACCCUUUAUUUUUUAAAUCACAGAUAUUAAAAUUUGCAGAUUUACGUAGUAUUCUUUCAAACCGCCAGAAUAAUGCAUAAAGUUAAUAAUAAAUUGCUACCCAAAAACGUCACACAGUAUUUCUCUGUCAGAGGGGAGAAAUAUGAUCUUAGAGGAAAAUAAACUUAAAACAUUUAUAGGUGAGAACAACGCUGACAACCCACAGCAUUUCUGUACGUGGAAUUAAAUUAUGGAACGGAUUGAGUAAGGAACUCAAACAAAGUACAGAGAUGAGCGAAUUCAAAAAACAAUACAAGCAGUUGAUGUUUACUAAAUACAAGGCAGAAGAGUCUUGAUCAUCACAAUGAUUGUUCUGUCAGGUUCGUUUUUUUUUGUUUUUACUGUUAUUUAUUAUUUUUUAUUACAAUGAUUAUUAUAUAAAACAUGGCAUGGAAUACAGGAAGUGAACUACAUGUACUGUACUAGAUGUGGAA